UCCAAGUCCCUCCGUGCGGGGCAGGGCAGGGCGAUCAGCGGCGCCCGGUGAUGAGCCUACUUCAGUGUUCCUUCUGCGGGAAAAUCUUUAAGCGACCCAGUGACCUGAUGAGACACCAGCGGGUCCACACCGGGGAGAGACCGUACACCUGCUGCGAGUGCGGGAAAAGGUUCACUCAAUCCUCCAGCCUGGUGACACACCAGCGAGUUCACACCGGAGAGAAGCCGUUCACCUGCUCUGAAUGUGGGAAAGGGUUCACCGAGUCUUCCAUCUUGCUGAGACACCAGCGGGUUCACACCGGGGAGAGGCCGUUCACCUGCUCUGAGUGCGGGAAGGGAUUCAGUCGGUCGUCCAGUUUGGUGACCCACCAGCGAGUUCACACGGGCGAGAAGCCCUUUACCUGCUCUGAGUGCGGGAAGGGAUUCACUCAGUCCUCCAGUUUGGUGACCCACCGGCGAGUGCACACAGGAGAGAAGCCGUUCACCUGCCCUGACUGUGGGAAGGGAUUCACACAGUCAUACAGCCUGGUGAUACAUCAGCGAAUGCACACAGGAGAAAGGCUGUUCACCUGUUUUGAAUGUGGGAAGGGAUUCGCCGAGUCAUCUGCCUUAUUGAGACACCAGCGGGUUCACACCAGGUAGAGACCAUUCACCUGCUCCGAGUGCGGGAAAGGGAUUCACUCAGUCAUCUUACCUGGCGACCCACCAGUGAGUUCACACCGGGAGAAGGCCGUUCACCUGCUCUGACAGUGAGAAUGGAUUCAUUUGCUCGUCUACUUGGGUGACUUAUCAGCAGCUGGUUUACACUGGGGAGAGGCCAUUCACCUGCUUCAAGUGGGGUAUCGGAUUUGGUCAAUCAUCCAGUCUCCUGAGACACCAGCUAGUUCACACUAGAGACAACAGUUAAAGCUAACAGAUGUGGAGUAUUUAAGCACCACAGCCACUGAGAUACCAGUGGGACAUUGAAUCCUGCAGUCAUUUCUGCCUCAAGUCAGACCCAGCACUGAACACUGACAUUGGGCAUAGUUGGGUUUGUUCUGCUGAUGUUAGUGACCCCUAUAACUGGGCUGGAGUUUUAUAUUCUGGAUCCUUGUCAAAUAAAGCAGUUCCAAUUGAAACACUCAUCUCUCAAGAUUCCAUCCACGUAAAACAGAGAAUGUUUGGUGCAGAGACAGGCCAUUCAGCCCAGCUAGGGCCACACCGGGAAUAACCUGGGACCUGCCCUCCUGCCGGCAUUCCUGCCCCACACCAGCCUCCUCCCAGCUCACCCUGUGGGAAUAUUCUUCUGUUUCUUGAGCUUCCAGUUCCAGGUAUCCGUGCUGUUCACCUCAUCCACUUUCUGAGGGAGUUGGGUCCACAUUGUGGCCACUCUCCAGGGCAAGAAGUUUCUCCUGAAUUCUCCCACUGGAAUUAACGCAUCCAAUGGGAAAGGAUGACAGCUUACAGGUGUCUGAUCCCAAGCAUUCCCCAUUGCUUGGGUCUUUGGCGCCAGAGGAGAAGCUGGUAGGUUUUCAAACUCUUUUCUCCCAGCCCAUGUUCAACAUUGAAAGGCAGAAUAAAGUGACCCAUAGAAGGCUGGGGUAACAACACACACUUGGGGGUUCCUUCAUCACAGGAGCAUUAAACAGAAGAAACUCUGCUUUGAUUGGUGUGAAGUCUGAGGUCCCGUUAGGUGUUUGCUCAAUGCAACAGGGUCAGAAACCAGAGAGUGAUCAGUACAGGGCAGGGGGUGGAGAAAGGAUGAGAGGAGACGGAAUUAGCUCAGGAGAAGGGAUAUGGGCUGUGUGCAGGAACCGGGGAGGGA